AAUCAAGUGGUUAUCAUUCAACGAACGUCGUAAAGUUAAUGCAAAUAAUCUUUACUUUGAAUUUUUAACAAAAGUUUUAUGCUCGAUCGAUACUGUGGUACUAUGCAUAUAACAUUUUCCUGCCUUGUUUUCGAGCAUGCGUACAACGUCUCAGCGUCACUUACACAGACAUAUUUCCGCGUUAUUAAAAGGAAGGAGGAAGGAUAGACCAUAAUUCGGAAUGAUACUAUUUAUUUGAUUUACCUUGGUGUAUGCACAUUCGAAUAAGUUGUAACCAAUUAAAGUAUCAUACCUUAUCCUGUUCAUUUUAUACAUUUCUCGUUGGUAGAUGUAUUUAAAAUUUGUAGUAUGUCGCCAAAAUUAUACAAAAAAAUGCUAUCAGGUUCAGUGAAAACCGUCGUAACAUGACUAAGCUUAAAUAGCAUGAAAUUUUAUAAUACUGAUGCAAGUUAAGAUGUUCACUUAACUAUUAAAACAAUUAAACAUACAGUAAUUAGUAUUAGAAAAUGUUUUUAGUGGGACUGACAGGUGGAAUAGCUACCGGGAAAAGUAGCGUUGCUGCUAUUUUUCGGGAAUAUGGAAUACCUGUCAUCGAUGCUGAUCAGAUUGCAAGAAAAGUUGUGGAAGCAGAAAAACCAGCUUGGCAUAAAAUAAAGAGAGAAUUUGGUCCAGAAGUAUUUUUAGAUACAGGUGAAUUGGACAGAGUUAAACUCGGUGAUCUAAUAUUUAAUGAUAUAGAAAAAAGGAAAAAAUUAAAUGCUAUCACUCAUCCAGACAUAUACAAAGAAAUAUAUUGGCAAACGUUUAAACAUUUUCUACAAGGUCACCAGUUUGUAGUUAUGGAUUUACCAUUGCUUUUUGAAACAGAGCACAUGUUAAAUUACUUAUAUAAAAUAAUCGUUGUAACUUGCGAAGAAGAUUUGCAGCUGCAAAGACUUAUGGAAAGAACAGGUUUCACUGAAGCUAAAGCAAAAUUAAGAGUUGCUGCGCAAAUGUCAUUAGAAAAGAAAGCAGAAAUGGCAAACUUUGUUAUUGAAAAUUCUGGUAGCGAACGCGAUACGAGAGAACAAACUAUGAAAAUCAUUAAUGUUCUAAAAGCUUCCAAACAUCAUUGGAAAUUACGUUUUAUAGUUGGAUUUUGUUGUACUGUUUUAUUAGCAGGUGUAUACUGGAUAAGAAACAAAAAUUUUCGACCUUUAUCAAUUACAGCAUAACAAUUUUUCAUGUACAAAUGAUUAUAAAUAUUGGUGUCAGACUAUGUUUUGGUUUCAAUAAUGCAUUUAUCAUACUUAUGAAUCAACUUAUUUACCAAAUUGGCAAGUAUUUUUAAUAUGUACGCUUAUUAACAUAAAGUUAUAAGUAAAAGAUUAUACAUUUGUAUGCAUAUAUAAAAUACACGAGUACUUAUUGCUCAAUUUCUUAUA